AAUUUCCUGCUUUUUAAAUAGUGUUUCUCCUUUCUUCUAUGGGGGAUAUUCCAUCAGAAAGAGAUGUCAAUUGCGCCAAGUCUCUACCGCCUUGACAAGGAGUCCCUUCAGAAUGCUUCAUUUUUGCUUCCAACGGGGAGGGCGUUUCUACUCGGAAGGCUUAAAUAGGAUUUCCAGCCUAAAAAAUGCCAUCUCAUUAUAACCUGUCUCUCAGAAUCUCUAUUCUCCCGAAGAGCAGAUCUUCAGGACGGCAGAAAAUGAAGUCUCUCUCUGCCAAGAAUGGACCACCAGCGCUCUUGAUAUCCUUUCAGCCAUGAUUGCUAGAAAUAAUUUCAGCCAAGAAAAACGUGAUAAUGCGACUGCACAAACGGGCGAAUGGUCCUUUGACCCUCUACCUUUUGGCAUCGUUCAUCACUUUUUCCUGGGGUGUUCCUCAGGGUCACUUCCAAAAAAGAAACUGGACUCCUCAGGCUAUGCUCUAUUUGAAGGGUGCCCAAGGCCGUCGGUUUAUCUCAGAGGAGAGCCAGCAAAAGGCCAUGUAUGACAGGUUGAUGCAAGAAACCAGCAGCCAGAAUGUGAAUCCUUUAACACUUUCUGAAGCUGCACUGGUGUUUCUUUCCUCCCUGCAGAAGAUGCAAAACGAAGAAGAUGAACAAAAGACUCCAGAGAGGCCCGGAUAUUUUGCUGAUGGUCUAUUAAACUGGUGAAAGAUUGUCAACCUUAAAUGGGAAUUAUAUGGUGUGAAUUUAAAAGGAAAAUAUAUUCUGUCCCAGACCAUUUUUCUCGUUCAUUGUCUCAACUUCCUUCCCUAACAUACCGGAGCUGGUGGCUGGUCAACAUCUUCUCAAUGUCAAUCAUUCUGCAAUAUCAAUACUAAACAAUUAAAGGCAUUUUUUCCCAACUUAUACAUAUAUUGAUGUGCUGUUGUUAUGUUCAAAAUCCAUUUUUUUUACUUUCCAUUGAGUUUUGUGAAUGUAUUAAGAUCAAAGAUGGCAUCCUGAGGUGAAUAACUCUCUGAAUUUAUUUUGUAAGGUAUGAAGAAUUCAAGGAGCUACGUAUAAGUUAUAGAUUACAUUUUGAAAUAUGUUGGUUCAUGAGAAUGUAAUAAGUGUUCUAUAAAUAUCUAUGCUGUUUAUCCAAUUAAGCGCAGUGUUUGUUAGUUGGAGAAAAUCUGCUUUUUUCCCCUCUAUGAGCUCCCAAAUGGCAGCUAAUCACCCGUACAAUCCAGUGUUUGUGAGAAGCAUUAUAGUCUCAUUUAGGGGAGGAUACUAAUAAUUAAAAUUAUUAUGGUUUGUCAUUUAGUCAGCCAGAUGUUUAGACUGGAUUUGGUAUUUUUGUCUACCUAGGUCAGAG